GGCUCUGUCAGAAGACAGUGGGGGCUGCAUUGGCGCCCCUGCUGCUGUUGGUUUCCCUGCACCAGGGAAACAUGCUCAGGGAACUGGUCGUGCGUCACCAUGUCUAGGGCAGGGGAGGCUGGGAAGCGGCCGCUGGCAGGCGCUGUGGCACCUCGGGUGCGCAGUGUGGAAGUGGCCCGCGGACGGGCCGGCUACGGCUUCACCCUUGCUGGCCAGGCCCCCUGUGUACUGAGCUGCGUGGUCCGGGGCAGCCCUGCAGACUGCGUGGGCCUGCGGCCCGGUGACCAGAUCCUGGCCGUCAAUGAGACCAGUGUGAGGAAAGCCUCACACGAGGAUGUGGUGCAGCUCAUCGGCAGGUGCUCCGGGGUCCUGCGCAUGGUGGUUGGUAGGGGUGCCGGCUGCGCCGACUCCGGCUCUAGCGAUGAGGAGGCUGGCCUCUGUGAGGGCCGCGGCUGGUGGAAGCCCCGGCUGGACUCCAAGGCCCUGGGCAUCAACCGGGCUGAGCGGGUGGUGGAGGAAGUGCAGUCAGGCGGCAUCUUCAGCAUGAUGUUUGAUAGCCCCGUGCCACCGAGGCCGAGGGCCCCGCCCGAGGGUCCCUGCACCCCCGCGCUCGGCCAGGACGAGGUGCCCAGGGCCGCGCUGGACGACGCGGUGUUCGGUGUCGGACUGGACGGCCUCGAUGACGCGGGGUUGGACGCCAGCAUCCUGAAUGUCGUCAUGGUUGUGGGCUACCUGGGCUCCAUCGAGCUGCCGUCCACCAGCUCCAACCUUGAGGGUGACAGCCUGCAGGCCAUCCGUGGCUGCAUGCGCCGCCUGCGGGCCGAGCAAAAGAUCCACUCGCUGGUGUCCAUGAAGAUCCUGCACGACUGUGUGCAGCUCUGCACCGACAGAGCCGGUGUCGUGGCCGAGUACCCGGCCGAGAAGCUGGCCUUCAGUGCCGUAUGCCCCGACGACCGGCGCUUCUUUGGGCUGGUGACCAUGCAGGCGGGCGAGGGUGCAGGCCUGGCCCCCGAGGAGGAGGGCGCCCUGCGCACGUCCUGCCACGUGUUCAUGGUGGACCCCGACCUGUUCCCACACCGGGUGCACCAGGGCGUCGCGCGGCGCUUCGGCUUUGCCUGCACGGCCGACCCCGAUACGAGUGGCUGCCUCGAGUUCCCCGCGUCCUCGCUGCCUGUGCUGCAGUUUGUCUCCGUGCUGUACCGCGACAUGGGCGAGCUGAUCGAGGGCGUGCGGGCCCGUGCCUUCCUGGAUGGGGACCCCGAUGCCCAGCACCACCACAGCACCAGCAGCAACAGUGACAGUGGCAUCGGCAACUUCACCCAGGAGGAGAAAAGCAACCGCGUGCUGGUAGUGGACCUGGGGGGGGGCCCAAGCCGGCACGGCCCGGGCGGCGGCUGUGCUGCCUGGGAGGCCACGAGCGGGCGGCCCUCGCAGUCCUGGGGCGCGCCCUGGAAUGGUGCCUUUGGCCAUGACACCCAGGGGGGCUCCCCCUUCGACGCUGUGCCCCCUGCAGACAGGUUCCGGGACUUGGGCAAGCACCUGGGGCCAGCCUGCCCUGGGGAGGGGCCUCCCGUUGCCCCACGGAGCUCGGCGCCCCCCACCAGGCGGGGUGGUGGCCAGCGAUGGCUCCCUGUGCACGUGCUCCAGGAGUGGCAGUGCGGCCACGCCAGCGACCAGGAGUCUUACACCGACUCCACCGACGGCUGGUCCAGCAUCAACUGCGGCACGCUGCCCCCUCCGAUGAGCAAGAUCCCUGCUGACCGCUACCGCGUGGAGGGCAGCUGCUCGCAGCCCCCGCUCGGUGCCCAGAAGGCUGACUGGUCCAGGAAGGCCUUCGGAAUGCAAAGCCUGUUCAGUCCGCAUCGCCACGCCAGGAAGAGCAAAGAGAGCAAGAAGGGCUCCAGGUGCGGGCGCGGAGUGGGCCUGGCCCAGACGUCCCAGCGCCCCUCAGCCCGCAGGCCGCUGGGGAGAUCCAAGCGGUUUAGCGCCACUCGCUCGCUGGACGACCUGGAGUCGGCAACCGUGUCCGAUGGCGAGCUGACCAGCGCCGACCUGAAGGACUGUGUCAGCAACACGAGCCUGCCCAGCAAUGGCAGCCUGCCCAGCGUGCAGAGCUGCCGGCGGCUGCGGGAGCGCAGGGUUGCCAGCUGGGCCGUGUCCUUCGAGCGUCUGCUGCAGGACCCCCUCGGUGUCCGCUACUUCUCGGACUUUCUAAGGAAGGAGUUCAGCGAGGAGAACAUCCUGUUCUGGCAGGCCUGCGAGGGCUUCAGCCAUGUGCCCGCGCAUGACCAGCAGGAGCUCUCCUCUAGGGCCCAGGAGAUUUUCAGCCGCUUCCUGGGCAGCAAGGCGGCCACCCCCGUCAACAUUGACAGCCAGGCCCAGCUGGCAGCAGAUAUCCUGAGCGCCCCGCACCCGGACAUGUUCAAGGAACAGCAGCUGCAGAUUUUCAACCUGAUGAAGUUCGACAGCUACACACGCUUCCUGAAGUCACAGCUGUACCAGGAGUGCGUCCUGGCGGAGGUGGAGGGCCGUGGGCUCCCAGACGCGCAGCAGGUCCCCGGCAGCCCCGUCUCCAAGCACAGUGUCGGCUCCGACCACUCCAACGUGUCCACGCCGAAGAAGCUGAGCGGGAAGUCCAAGUCGGGGAGGUCCCUGAACGAGGAGCUGGGGGCCGAGGACAGCGAGCGGAGGCGCCGGGCCGUGUUCUUCUCCUGGUCAAAGGAUCGCAGUGCCACCCGGUCCCGGAAGAAGAGAGAUCCCAGCACGCGGCCCAUCGACGCCCCACACGCCAACGGAGGCCUGCACCGCCGUGAGUCCCAGGGCUCCGUCUCGUCCGCAGGCAGCCUGGACCUGCCGGAAGCCUCUAGGACCCUGGCCCCCGAGAGGGACAAAGCUGCCAAGCACUGCUGUGUCCAGCUCCCGGACGGCUCAUCCUCCAUGCUGGCCGUCCGCUCUGGCUUCUCCAUCAAGGAGGUCCUAGCCGGUCUCUGUGAGCAACAUGGCAUCAAUGGGGCGGCCGUGGAUCUCUUCCUGGUGGGCGGUGACAAGCCAUUGGUGCUGCACCAGGACAGCAGUGUUUUGGAAUCACGUGACCUGCGCCUGGAGAAGCGUACCUUGUUCCGGCUAGAUCUCGUGCCCAUUAACCGGUCUGUGGGACUGAAGGCCAGGCCCACGAAGCCUGUCACGGAGGUGCUGCGGCCCGUGGUGGCCAAGUACGGCCUGGACCUGGGCAGUCUGCUCGUGCGGCUGAGUGGAGAGAAGGAACCCCUCGACCUCGGUGCCCCCAUCUCGAGUCUAGACGGUCAGCGGGUCAUCCUGGAGGAGAGAGGCCCCCCAAGAGGCAGAGCAUCCACAGAAAAACACAGAGGUGCUGUGAGCAAACCCAGUGUGGCUCCGACCCCCAGUUCCAGAAGUCACUCCGCUACGAGUUUUUUGAGCUCAUUUCCAAGGCCCAAAGCAACCGAGCAGAGGACCAGCGCGGGCUGCUGAGGAGGGAGGACCUGGUGCUGCCCGAGUUCCUGCGCCUGCCCUGCCCCGCCAAGGCCAAGGCCGCGGACAGGAGAGGCGCGG